AGAUGUGUCUAUUCGUGAUGUACGAGCGCUCGGGUGGUGAGUGAUGGUGUGAGUUCGAUCGAUAUUAUACAGUGUCAAUUCGUAUCGUUCAGUUAGUCUUUUACUAGAUGGCUUACCGUGAGGUUCUCGUGCGCUAGCUACCACAUAAUGGCGACGAGGGUGUUGAACCUACUGCGUGCUUAAAUUGAAAAUUAUUAAAAUAGCAAGGGGGUUAAUCUCAGUUUAAAACAAAAAGCGGCACAAUAGAUUCAACGUGUAAGAGGUAAGGGUUUAAUAGAAAUUGAGUGUGAAAAAAAUGGAAAAAUGAUACUGUGAUAUGUGAUUAUCAAAACGGCUGGAAUGUAUAUGUUUUACCGUCAGUGAUUUUGAAAGGGGUACUGAAACAUCCCAGAGCAAAAAGGAAAAUGAAAUGCAUGUAAAACGAUGUGAAAAUAACUAGAAAAGAGGGUUUUUUUUACACGUGGUCGAGGAAAAAUACUUCCAACAUGGCUGCUGGAAUUAUCUGAUUACCUACAUGUGUGUAUUGUAAGAAAUAGUUGUACAGCUUUAGGGGUAUGUGUUGGUGGAAACUAUGGCGUACUCUAUUAAGAAGAAACGGAGGUAUAGAAAAAAAAUAUUCUGUGUAUGUUCAGUGAUGUGUUGCUCCACUUUGCAAACUAAUACAUUAACCUUCCGCACGAGUUGCGGGUGCAAGAAGUAAAUAAUGAUUUGCUGUUGCCCUUCGGGUGCUGGUGGCGUUACCAUUUCAACCGGGAUCGAAGUAGUGUGUGUAAAAUUACCGCAAACAUAUUAAUGCAUGGAUGGUAGUGAGAAGAUAAUUCAUGAUUUGGAUGUGUAGUCGUCACUUAUGUGUAUAUUACCAUAUAUAGUUGUGCUCGGAUACCAAAGGUCAGGUAUGUAUGCAUGUGGAGAUUAUUCCUCUCCCAUAUUAUACCGAGUACAGGAGGAUACAAGUUAUGAAAAAGAGAGACUAGUGGAAAUACUCUUGUUGAGAGAAAUAGUAACCGAUUCAAUUACGGUCGUUCUCUCAAGGUCGUCACAUGCGGGGAAGCAUGUAUUGAAAAGAAGAGAGGAAGAAAUGCUUCUUUAGCCACGGUCGUUCUUUUGAGAUUGUCACAAAUGUGGAGCACAUAACGAAAAAAAGGGGGAAAGAGAUGCCGAUUCAAUUACGGCUAUUCUCUCUGAAUUUAGUAAAUGUAUAAGUACAUUGCAGAAAAGCUGAAAGAAUAAUGGUCACAUGAAAUGAGAAUAAUGGAAUGCAUGAGAAAUAGAUGCCAAUUCAAUUACGGCUGUUUUACCAAUAUGAAAAACAGAUGGGUUUUAGCGAUGGCAUAUGUACGAACUUUUUUUCGCUCUUGAAUGAUGCGAUAGUAACAGGAAAGUGAAAAUAAACGUGUAGAAAAAUAUAGUUGGUCACUGUCAUUAUGAGAUGUUGCAUGCUAUAUGUUUAUUUGUGCUAUUUUAAUAAUUGAUUUACUAUCAUACAAGUAUACUGCGCAUCUGAUAGAUGAAGAAUAUCAAUACUCAAUAAUGGUUCAAAUAUUUUAAAUGAUGAGAUUGUCGGGCGAUGAAUUUAUUAUUUCCUGACGUUUUGCGAGUGUACACCAGCCGUUUUGAAAUAUUAACGGAAAACUUAUUAAUUCUAUUUCAUUUUUCCGGCGUAUCCCAAACAGCAAACGGUGUACCAGUCAAAAUGAAUAACCAAAAUAUUGUGGUCGAGGAGAUUGACCCUCCAAUAGUACAACAAAAUUUAUCUUUCUUCAGUCCAGCCUCAUACAACCUACCUCACUUCAAAUACAAACACCUGCCUCCAUCGGAAAUUCGAAACUCUUGGAUAUCAUGGAUCCGAUGGUUUGAGAGCAUUAUGGCUGCGGCCAAUAUUCAUGAUGGUCUAAACAAAAAAGUACAGCUACUAGCGAUGGGGGGCCUAGAGCUGCAGAGUGCUUUCUACGGGAUACCGGAAAGAGACGAUUUCGGUGACCCAAAUGCAGACCCGUAUCUGGUAGCUAAGGAGAAACUGACUAAUCAUUUCUCCCCAAAGCACCAUGAUAGCUUUGAACGAUUCAUGUUUUGGACUAUGAAACCGGACGAGGAUGAACCGAUUGAAAAGUUUGCCCUGAAGGUUCAGCAAAAAGCCGACAAGUGUUUUUUUGGCAAAACAGAGGUAGAUAGUCGUCACAUUGCGGUUAUUGACAAGAUUAUUCAAUACUCACCAGACGAAUUAAGACAAAAACUGUUGGAAAGGGAGGAUUUGACUCUAGAUGAUACAAUCAAAAUUGUUAAUGCCUAUCAAUCGGUUCGCUAUCAAUCGUCAAGAAUGGUACUGAAACCAUCUGUGGACACAGUAAGUCGUAUUUACAGCUCUACACAACGUUCAAAUGUGCGAUGUAUGCGUUGUGGAUACAAGCUGCACAACAAUCAGAACCAAUGCCCUGCCAUAAACAAAACGUGUUUGAAAUGCCAAAAGACAGGCCACUUCCAGUCGGUUUGUAAAUCAAAAUCGAAGUCGGUGAUCAAUCAGGUUCCUUUUGACAGAAACUCGGAACGAAAGCGAAAACAACCUUUUGUGAACUUCCAAGGUGUUUCGCACUCCAGCAAACGACCACGAAACGUUUUCAAUGUCGAAGAACGAGACCAAGAGUCUACAGAACGGGAAAACCUACCUGUCUACAAUGUGGGAAUGGGUGACGAUGAGUUAAUAACGUGUCGUGUUGGAGGUGUAGAUAUCGUCAUGUUGAUUGAUUCUGGCUCGAAACAUAACCUUAUAGACGACAAGACCUGGGAGCUAAUGAAGCUUAGAGAUGUGGAAACAACUAACGAACGAAAAGAUACCGCUAAGCAGUUUUUGGCCUACGGAAAAAUUCCGCUAAAACUUAUAACUGCUUUUGAUGCAGUUCUGGAAAUUGAUGAUGGUGGAAACUUAUUGAAAACGCAAACAUCUUUCUACGUGAUAGAAAAGGGUCAACAACCGUUGUUGGGAAAACUCACUGCACAACAGCUAGGACUAUUGAGAAUUGGCCUGCCUAGCGCGUAUGAUGACACGAUUAAUCUCGUAGACGCAACAAGGAAAUCAUUUCCUAAGAUGAGAGGUAUUAAACUUAGUCUUCCGAUCGAUAGAAGUGUUCCGCCAGUUAUACAACCGCUGAGGCGAUGUCCAAUUCCGCUUUUGCAAAAGGUCAAAUCGAAGCUAGACGAACUUAUAGAGAUGGAUAUAAUUGAAAAGGUUGUAAGCCCAACAUCAUGGGUAUCGCCCCUUGUGCCAAUUCUCAAAGAAAAUGGAGAACUUCGACUUUGCAUAGAUAUGCGCAGAGCCAACCAAGCGAUUCAAAGGCUGAAUCACCCACUUCCAAUUAUUGAUGAUUUCCUUCCUAAAUUUCAAAACGCGAAAUUCUUUACAAGCCUGGAUAUUAAGCAGGCGUUCCACCAAGUAGAGUUAGUUGAGGAUUGUCGCGAUGUAACGACAUUUAUUACUAACUGGGGCUUGUUUCGAUACAAGAGACUGCUGUUCGGCGUUAACUGCGCACCCGAGCUGUUCCAAAAUCUGAUGGAAAGUAUCUUGGCAGGCUGUAAAAACACGGUCAUAUUCAUUGAUGAUAUUGUAAUUUUCGGGUCCACGGAACAAGAACACGAUGAUGCCGUCAAACAAACAUUGAGUGUUCUGAAGCAGUACGGAAUUCUGCUAAAUGAUCACAAAUGCAAUAUCAAACAACGGGAAAUUGUGUUCUUGGGACAUAAGUUCACUGCGGAAGGAAUUUCGCCAACAGAGGAAAAGAUUGAAUCCAUAAAACAAAGCCGAGCACCACGUUCGAAAGAGGAACUCCGUAGUUUUUUAGGCCUGGUUACCUAUGUAUCGAGAUUCAUACCAAAUUUGGCCACAUUAAAUUUUCCGCUACGAGAGCUAAUAAAACAGGAUUUACCAUUUGAAUGGAAAUCAGAACAUCAGAAGUCAUUCGAUCAGUUGAAAGACCUGAUCGGUUCUACAAAACAUUUAGGGUAUUAUGAUCCGAAAGACAGAACCCUGGUUGUUACGGAUGCUUCGGGUGUCGGAUUAGGGGCAGUCUUAAUCCAGUUCAAAGAGAACAUUCCCAGAAUAAUAAGCUACGCUUCCAAAAGUUUGACAGAAACAGAAAAAAAGUACCCGGCGAUAGAAAAAGAAGCGCUUGGAAUAGUAUGGGCGGUGGAAAGAUUUAGGAUUUAUUUGAUGGGUAUCACCUUUGAACUCGAAACGGAUCACCGUCCAUUAGAAACGCUUUUCUCAGUAACUUCCCGUCCAACAGCAAGAAUAGAACGAUGGUUACUUCGUAUCCAGGCAUUCAAAUUCAAGGUAGUAUAUCGUAAAGGUUCGGCAAACAUUGCCGACGUGCUUUCAAGACUAGCAUCUCACGUUGGGGACAAUCAAUGGACUGAUGAGUCUGAAGUGUUCAUCAGACGAAUCGUAGCGGUAUCACUAGCUACAUUGACCAACACAGGUUAUCGCGACUCAUUUGACUUUGGUACAGACACAAUCAUUAGAGCCAUUCAAGAAUGUGCAGCCAUUGAUAUCUCCGAAGUUGUGCAAGCUACAAGCUUGGAUCCUGAAUUACAGAAGCUCAAGGAUUGUAUACUGAGUGACAAGUGGGAUCAGGAGGAUUUAAAACAUUAUACUGUGUUUCGUAAUGAGUACUCAUAUGUGAACAAUCUUCUCAUGCGGGGAACAAAACUAGUCAUACCUUCUUCAUUGCGGCAUAGAAUGUGCCAGCUUGCACACGAGGGGCAUCCUGGUCAGUCCAUGAUGAAACGUCGAUUACGUGAACGGUGCUGGUGGCCGGGAAUUGACCAAGAAGCAGUGAAGAUUUGUGAAUCGUGCGAAGGGUGUAGACUGGUACAGAUACCUGAUCCCCCGGAACCAAUGAAACGUCGCGUUCUUCCAGAUAAACCAUGGAUAGAUAUCGCCAUAGAUUUUCUGGGGCCCAUGCCAACAAGCGAGUAUAUCCUAGUUGUCAUUGACUACUACAGUCGGUAUAUGGAGCUAGAGAUUAUGACCAAAAUUACUGCUCGGGAGACUAUUGAAAGACUAAGACGAAUUUUUCGAGUUUGGGGACCUCCAAGGACCAUUACCCUUGACAAUGCGAAGCAAUUUGUAUCCACCGAUUUGGAUGACUUCUGUAGAAUCAGUGGAAUCCACUUGAACCAUACAACUCCAUAUUGGCCACAGGCUAAUGGAGAAGUGGAGCGUCAAAACAGGUCCUUGCUAAAACGAAUGAAGAUAGCGAAUGCCCUAUAUGGUAACUGGAAAGCUGAACUCGAUCAUUAUUUACAACUGUACAACAGCACACCGCAUACGAUUACAGGGAAAUCGCCGAGUGAACUUUUGCAGAACAGAAAACUACGGACAAAAUUGCCUCAGCUGGACGAUCUAGAGACGGUGCCACCAUGUUCGGAUUUCAGAGACAAAGAUUAUGAAAUGAAAACGCUUGGAAAGGAUCGGGAGGACAAGAAGCGUAAGGCAAAAGUAAGCGAAAUAUCUGUAGGCGAUACAGUUAUCAUGAAAAAUCUCCUGCCAACCAACAAACUUGCCACGAGCUUCUUGAAAGAGAAGUUUACAGUAAUUGAUCGGCGAGGUACAAACGUGACAAUCCAAUCAGCUGAAUCUGGAAAGAUUUACGAUAGGAAUACAUCACAUCUCAAGCUACUGCCUGCUUCAUUCAAUGAAGUUGCUGAUAGCUGCCGUGAACAUCAGAAGACUAAUCAAAGCAAACAGGGCAGAUCGGAAUCAUCAUCAACCGGCAAUGAUUUAACUAUACCAGUCGAAAGCAGCACAGAUCUUGGACAAUUCAAAAUGGUCAAAUCUUCCUUGGCCUCAGAUCCAAUUCGAAGAUCUCAAAGAAUUCACAAACCAUCCGCGAGAUACAGUCCAUCAUUAUAAGUAGGUGAGUAAUAAUAAAACAUACAUGAAUUACAUAUAACCUAUUUCUAUUUAGUAACAACAUAUUAAUAAUAAUAAUAAUAAUAAAACGCUUUCUCCAGGAAAAAGGGGAUGUGGUAGAUGUGUCUAUUCGUGAUGUACGAGCGCUCGGGUGGUGAGUGAUGGUGUGAGUUCGAUCGAUAUUAUACAGUGUCAAUUCGUAUCGUUCAGUUAGUCUUUUACUAGAUGGCUUACCGUGAGGUUCUCGUGCGCUAGCU